AUGGUAGAACUUGUGUUGAUUGUGCUUAAGAGCGUGGCUAUAGUGGAAGAUUCCCAGGACUUGUUGGUCAUGACAACAACUACAGAAGAUGACACGGCUCGACCGCCUCUCCUUCAGCAUGAAGAAUCAGGCGCGACCCCGACUCAGGAGACAGCUGAGUCGGAUCUCUUGUACACAGUGGAAGACGUUCCUCCCUGGUAUAUGUCCAUCUUCUUUGGAUUUCAGCACUACCUGACGAUGGCGGGGGGGACGGUGGCCAUCCCGAUCAUCAUCGCCUCGUUCCUCUGUCUGCAAGAGGACCACCCGGCUCGCGGGACCCUCGUCUCCACGGUGUUUUUCCACUCCGGCAUCGUCACUCUUCUGCAGACAACCUUUGGCAUUAGGCUCCCCAUCAUCCAAGGAGGGGACUUCGCCUACGUCGUGCCCACCAUCGCCCUCCUGACGACGGUGUACGAGCCGUGCGACGCCCUUCCCAUAGCCAACAUGACGGCUGUGGAUCGCGAGGAGGCCUGGAAAGUCCGCCUCAGGGACAUACAGGGAUCGAUUGCUGUGGCGUCGGUAUUCCAGAUCAUCCUUGGGUUCACAGGUGCGAUUGGAUUCCUCCUGACGUGGAUAACCCCCCUGGCCAUCGUUCCAACGGUUUCCCUGGUGGGUCUGUCGCUCUUCGACGUGGCAGCUGCACAGGCGGCUCAACACUGGGGCAUCUCCCUCCUAUACUUCCUCAACAUUCUCAACAUCAUUUCAAAAUCUCCAAGUAGGCAUCACACAAUUAUCUCCAGGUUAUCAUGUUAUCAUUCUCAUAAUUUCCAAGUUAUCAUCGUUUCUCAUCGUCAUCUUCUCUAA